AUGCUGUACAUGAGCCUGAAUGUGGCCUUGCCCACUGCUUGGGGCUCCUGGCUUCUCCACCUCCGGCUGCCAGACAGUCCCUACAGGGUGGGUGCCAAGGCCCCAGGGAGAUGGGGCACAGAAGAUCCCGAGCCCCGCCCAGGAGGUGGCGCCGCCCGCGAUGCAGUGGCCCUUCACUGUGGUGCCUGAGGCUACAAGCCCAAGUAUCUUCAGCUCAAGCAGUUAGAAGAUGAGUUCCCUGGACGCCUGGCCAUCGCCGGCGAGGGGACUCCCCCGGUUACCGGGGUCUUUGAGGUCAUGGUAGCAGGGAAGUUGGUCCACUCUAAGAAGGGAGGUGACGGCUGCUCGGACACAGCUGCCCAGGCUCAGGCCGUGUGCCCUGAAGGCGGAGCCCUGUGACCUUGGCCCAGCCCCUCAGCAGACACUUCAUGGUGGGACGGACUGAACGGCCGGUCUUUUCCUGGUGUUCUGCGGCUGCCGGCAGAUGGGUGCCCUGGUCUUUGCCUGUGUGUGUCUCCCCAGAAUCCAGCAUUGCACACUGGCCCUGUCCCCCGACUUCCGCCGUCUCCCUGCCUGCACUCCCCAUGCCUCCCUGUCCCCCUCUGGUGUUUGGGCGGGUCCUGCUCCAGGAUUCUUUCCCAAGGAGGAGCCUGGGGCGGAGAGGGGGGUGGGGGUGGGGGGACCCGUGUGUGA